AUGCUAUUUCAAAAAUCACUAUUAUCUUUAAUUACUAUGUUUGAUUGCAAUUCUUAUCCAAUAUAAAAAGUGUGCAUCGAUGGACGCUAUUUUUUAGCCUAUCCCAUUUAUAUUAUAAGAUAAGCAAACCAAAAAGAAAGCAGCCAAAAUUUAGAAAUAAAAAUUGAAGAACAUAAACAAAAUGAUAAUACAAGUUUAUAGUAUUAAUAUAACAAUGAUACAAUCAAUUUCGAUCCUUACAUGUUUCCAGGAUAAUCAAAAAAUUACUAUAAGAUUAUAGGAAAUAAGUUAGCAUCAUUUAUAAUAAAAUAUUUUGAUAAAACAGAAAUAAUAAAAGACAAAACAAUAGAAAAGUUCUUAAAAACAAAAAAAUCAAAACGAGCAAAGAAGCAUAUGAUAUUAUUAAUGAAAUCAAAAAUUGCAAGACAAAUAGUUAAGAUAUAUUUUGGGAAUUAUUUGUGGUGUUCCAGUAUUCUAGAAUAAAUGAAAUCUGAUAUUCAAUUUUAUUUAUGCUUAAAUAAGCAAAUAUUUAGGAGAAAAUCAAAAUAGAAGAAAAACCCUGAAUCGAUAUAAUUCCAAGAAUAAAAUUGA